AUGCAAGAAGCUUGGGUACAAGGAGCCACCGGAGAAAAACAAUACCAAUGGACCACGGAGAGGAAAGUUCAUCUCACAUCAGGUAAAGUCUCACAUUCCUUUUUGCAUGUACCGGACUGUCCAUAUCCAUUACUGGGUCGAGAUCUACUGACUAAAUUAAAAGCCCAGAUCCAUUUUGAAGGAUCAGGAACCAAAAUCUCUGGCUCACAAGGGGCUCCACUUCAAAUAUUGACUUUGCAAUUGAAAAAUGAAUGUAGACUUUUUGAAAAGCCUCCUGAACAGCAGGAAGGAAUGGACUUAUGGUUAAAACAACACCCCCUGGCCUGGGCAGAAACAGGGGGCAUGGGGCUGGCCAUACAACAGCCACCCCUAAUAAUUCUCCUGAAGGCAACAGCCACCCCUAUCUCAAUUAAACAGUAUCCUAUGUCAAAUGAGGCAUAUCAAGGAAUCAAGCCUCAUAUUAAGAGACUAUUAGACCAGGAGAUCUUGAUCCCCUGCCGAUCCCCAUGGAAUACUACACUUCUGCUAAAGAAACCAGGAACUGGAGAUUACAGGCUAGUCCAAGAUCUUAGGGAAGUCAAUAAGCGAGUGGAGGACAUUCACCAUGUGCCAAAUCCCUAUAACCUACUAAGCACCCUGCCUCCUACUCAUCCCUGGUAUACUGUUCUGGACCUAAAGGAUGCUUUCUUUUUCCUGAGGCUGAGCCCUCAGAGUCAGCCUUUAUUUGCUUUUGAAUGGAAGGAUCCAGAACUGGGCAUUUCAGGGCAAUUGACCUGGACACGCCUACCCCAGAGGUUCAAGAAUAGCCCCACUAUCUUUGAUGAGGCCCUUCACCAAGACCUGGCAGACUUCCAGAUCAGUCAUCCAUCUCUGAUCCUACUACAGUAUGUGGACAACCUCCUCCUUGCAGCCACCACUGAACAGGACUGCAAAACAGAGAUAGUGGCCCCCCUUUACCCGCUAACCAAUCAAGACACACCUUUUAAAUGGACUGAGGAACAACAGCAGGCUUUUGAUGCUAUCAAGCGGGCCCUGCUGUCCUCACCAGCCCUGGGCUUGCCAGAUGUCACCAAGCCUUUUGAACUCUUUGUUGAUGAAAAACAGGGCUAUGCAAAAGGAGUCUUAACCCAAAGGUUAGGACCCUGGAGACGGCCCAUUGCCUACUUGUCUAAGAAAUUAGACCCAGUUGCAUCAGGAUGGCCUCCAUGUCUCCGGAUCAAGGACGCCACCAAAUUGACUCUGGGACAGCCAAUGACCAUACUGGCGCCAGACGCAGUUGAGUCCCUCAUCCGUCAGCCACCAGAUAGAUGGCUAUCUAACGCCCGUCUAACUCACUAUCAAUCCCUGCUCCUGGAUGUAGACAGGGUCCAGUUCGGGCCAAUAAUAAUCCUGAAUCCAGCCACCUUGUUACCGCUGCCGGAGUGA